AUGGCCAAUCUGUCUCUUCCAGAAAACAUCUCCAUCAUCCUCUACUGCACCAUGGUCCACAUCGUCUCUGAUGAGCAGUGCGCGACCAACUACCCCGGGCACGUCAACAGGAACAUGGUCUGCGCAGGCUUGAAUGGCGGGGGCACGGAUUCCUGUGAGGGCGACUCCGGCGGCCCGCUGGUGUGUAACGGGAAGCUGCAGGGUAUCGUGUCUUGGGGCGACGUGCCCUGUGUCUCCACCCUGAAACCCGGCGUUUACAUGAACAUCUGUAAAUACCACGACUGGCUGCAGGCCACCAUGUGGGCAAACUGA